AUAGAUAUGGCUAAACUUCUUGAUUGCAACAAGACUACCUUUCUUCCUCUUUUGUUCUGCUUCUUCAUCGUUGCAGCCUUCGGUGGGUAGCGUAGUGAGUUUUAUAUCUUUGUACGUAUUUCUCUAGCAGCCAUAUAAAACCCCACCCCACCCCUAUUCUUUCAGACACACAAGAAAAGCAAAUUGACAUGCUACUUAAAUAGUUUUCUGGGCAAAAUCAUCCUUCUUUUAUGGCAGGCUACUCUUUGUUAAUGGCUUCUCUUUCAUUGCAUCCAUUAGAAAAUGCUAACUCAUCCCUUCAUCAGUCAAUUGUCGAUAGCGAAUCCAUCGAAGGGAGGAUAUGUACAUGUGAAAAUCAAACGGAUCUGAAGACUUCACGGACCAAUACGAACCCAGCCACAAGAUUCUUUAUUUGUGGACAGCAGGAAAAUCGAAGUGGUGAGAUUUUGUGUUUUGGUCCAUCUAUGUGUGACUGGUCAAAGAAAGUGGCUCAUGGGCUGCUGAGGUUAAUGCGAGGAUUAGUCAAAGUUAACGAAUUACAACUACACGUGAAGGGCAUGGAAGCAGAGAUCCAGAGAUUAGAGGGACGGAUCAAGAUGUUAGAGGCCCAAAUGAGAAGAUUAGUGCUGCAGAGUAAGUUUUUUGAAGAAAAACUAAAGGUGAAGACCGGCUUGAAAACCUCAACAUACUUUUUUUGGAUUGGUCUUUUAGUAGCAUUGUUUAUAGCGUGGGUGUUUUGGUUUUAGUUAACAUCAAGUUUCAGAUGUUGUAAUUGUCCAAGUCGAGUCCUUGCCGAAUGAAUCUUCAUCUCUCUACUCUUUUCUUUCGUUUUUUCUUGCUGUUGCUGUUGGGUUAACUGACUUUUUUGUUAAA